AUGCUGAAUAUGAAAAAAAAAUCCUCAGAUACGAGUCCAACUUGUUGGGAUUUAUUUCAAAAGACACAUAGAGUUAAAGGUAACCCAGAAAAGUGGGUUUCUUCAAAAUCAGAGAUGGUUGCUAAUGAGUAUGAAAAAAGGAUUAUUGAGAGGGAUUCACAAGAGGCACCUGGAGAUGAUGUUUCUAGUCAUCAAUCUGACAACCUCAUCUUCUUAGAUGUUGUUGGAGGUGUGGAUAAGAAGGGUCGUAUAUAUGGUUUGGGACCAGAAGCAGCAAAGUACAAGCCGUCUAAAUCUUUCACAUCUGACUGUAUCUCUUCAUCUGAGUAUGAACAAAUGAGGACUGUUAUUUCUGAUUUGUCUGUUGAAAACAAAACUCUUAAAGAUAAACUUAAGACUCGUGAGGAUUUGAUUCGUGCAUCACAGGAAGACUCACGUUUGCUUAGAGAACAAUUAUUCCGAUUUAUGGAAACUUUUUCUGCAGGUCAUCUACCUCCACGUCCGGAUCAAACUCCAUCUUCACCCACUUCUUGA